CUACUGUACUUAUCGUUGCUAUACGUAUUACAUACUGUUUCUGCCAUCUGGCUCCGAGCUACCCAAGGACAGGGGCUGUGCUGUCCCUUUUUCCUGUCUCCCCCACAGUGUGACCAAGCACAGGCUGGCCACCAGCAGGCACUCAGGAAACACAAGUUAAGGCCUGAUUUCUCAGCCUGGGCCCUGCCCAGAGAGUCAGGUGAUGCCCAGUGGCUGGUGAAUGUGGGCAAUCUACAACAUUGGGAGGUACUUAGGGCCUCCAGGGCAGGCUCUGAAUUUGCCGACAAGCUCAUUCUUCCUCUGUCCCUUAAGUCCACAGUUUUGUGUCUGAGCAGGAUGGAGGCUGACCUGUCUGGCUUUAACAUCGAUGCUCCCCGUUGGGACCAAUGCACUUUCCUGGGGCGGGUGAAGCACUUCUUCAAUAUCACGGACCCUCGAACAGUCCUGGUGCCAGAGCAGGAGCUGGACUGGGCCAAGAUGAUGGUGGAGAAGAGCAGGAUGGGGGCUGUGCCCCCAGGAACUCAAGUGGAGCAGCUGCUGUAUGCCAAGAAGCUGUAUGACUCGGCCUUCCACCCUGACACUGGGGAGAAGAUGAACAUCAUUGGGCGGAUGUCUUUCCAGGUCCCUGGGGGCAUGAUCAUCACAGGCUUCAUGCUCCAGUUCUACAGGACGAUGCCGGCGGUAGUCUUCUGGCAGUGGGUGAACCAGUCCUUCAAUGCCUUAGUCAACUAUACCAACAGGAAUGCGGCUUCCCCCACAUCAGUCAGGCAGAUGGCCCUUUCCUACUUCACAGCGACAACCACUGCUGUGGCCACUGCUGUGGGCAUGAACUUGUUGACAAAGAGAGCUCCACCCCUGGUGGGCCGCUGGGUGCCCUUUGCUGCUGUGGCAGCAGCUAACUGUGUCAACAUCCCUAUGAUGCGACAGCAGGAACUCAUCCAGGGCAUCUGCGUGAAGGACAAGAAUCACAGUGAGAUUGGUCAUUCCCGGAGAGCUGCAGCCAUAGGCAUCACCCAAGUGGUUAUUUCUCGGAUCACCAUGGCAGCCCCUGGCAUGAUCUUACUACCAGUCCUCAUGGAACAACUGGAGAAGCUGCAUUUCAUGAAGAAAGUCAAGGUCCUGCAUGCCCCAUUGCAGGUCAUGCUGUCUGGGUGCUCCCUCAUCUUCAUGGUGCCAGUGGCAUGCGGGCUCUUCCCACAGACAUGUGAAUUGCCAGUUUCCUAUCUGGAACCUAAGCUCCAAGACACCGUCAGGGCCAAGUAUGGAGAACUUGUGCCUUAUGUCUACUUCAAUAAGGGUCUGUAAAUGCCCUGCCCCAGCAAGGACCAGGCUACAUCCAAAUUCACCAACUCCUUCUUAGCUGCUGUGCACACCUGGACCCUCAUUCCUCUUUACCUACAAUGCCUGAGGUCCAGGGUGGAUUUGGGGUGGGUGGGAAGAGGCCUCAUGCCUCCAGCUCCAGCACCUGGUUUAUCAGACUCCAGGGGAUAUGAGCGAACAAGGAGGGCAAAGACCAAAGCCUUCCAUCUGCUCCCUACUUCCAGCCCCCGUUCCCUGGAGACUAGGAGCUGGAGUUUUCUCAAGGAGAAGAUGCUGGUGCCUGGGAGAGAUACUGCAGCUAACCAUUUGGGGGAAUUAGGAAACUGUUGGGAUGCUGGGUUCCAACCAAGAUUGAGGAAAGGUCCCUGGAACCCAGAGAAACCCCUGCUCUCUUCCCUUCUCUUACUUUUCCUCCUCUCCUAAGCAAUGGUGCCUUUUAUCCAUGCAAUUCUAGCCUCACUCAGAAAAGGUGAGGGAAAGAAGUCUGUCACCUUGACUUCUCAUCUCUACCCUUCCCCACUCUCCUCCCCAUUGCCCCUAGUCUGAAAGCUUCUCUGGGAGUGCUGUUAAAGUUGAGUUUCUCAGGCACCCAGGAGUUACUAGUGCUACAAAAAGGCCAUCAUGCUGGGCAGCAGCGUUUCACAGUACUUCGGGCCCUACCUAUUGACACUGACUUUAUUCUCUUGUCCUGAAAUCAUGUCCAAAUCUAUUCUUGGGAUCUUCUCUAUGAUUCUGGAAGUUUUCUUCCUCCCAUUGCCUCAUACCUCUGUUUUAAAAGAUAAAUCCACUAACUGCGAAUGAACGGGAUAUACGUAGGCAUUAACCUCAGAUUUUAAUGAGUGUAAUUUCCUGGCUACCUCCCUUCCUCAGCCCAUUGGGUUAGAUACCAAAGCAAGACUGGGGUGUGCUGAGUGGGAAAGGGAAGUUUUCUUUGGACACCUCCAAGAGGAAAUCAACCAGGACCAAAAAGCCUUAAAGGACACACAGCAACGCCAAGCCACUUCCGUUCCCCAGCUUGGCUGCCCUAGGUAAUUUCUCCAGCUCCUCAGGGAGUGUUGUGGCUUACCUGGGGUUAAUGUGUAUGUGAAUUUUGUCUGGUAGAAUUUGCUGACUCUGUUCAAAGGAUAUUACUGUGAACUGAAAUAAAUUUAAGGAGUACAAUGAA